AUGGAGAUCCCUUUGCCUAUGCAAAAUAUGACAGCCAAGAAAACUAAACGAAACGUCACUGUCAGUUACCUCCGUUACGUCAGUCGAUACUUCCAUUGUCAUCGUGAUCUGGCCACGAAAUUAAUUCUAAUAAUUAUAUUUUUUAAGUUAAAUUGUUCAAACUGGCAUCGAGAAGAAUACUGUUUGUGGGUUACCACAACUUCUCACCUACCGUGGCAUAUCGGGCCAGCUGCAAUAGGUUAUGUUUCGUCCAUUCUAACUAGUCUUGGUUUACAUCAAAAUUUACGCUUUUAUCAGUAAAAUUGUUCUUUAUUAACCACAUAUAGCACAUAGUUCUCACUAAAAACACACUCUAAACACCUGCGUUGCUUGUGUGCUGUUGUAUUACUUAGUUAGCGAAGUUUUUCCCUAUUCUAGAUUUAGCUACGGCUUCGUGUCGCGCCGCAAGCACUCUAACAUGACGUCAGCACAGUGCGCACCGCGGCAGCCCCCGGGUCGGCACGGGAGCCCUGGGAGUCCAGGUAGUCCCGGCACGCUGGGUCCCGCGGUCACGAAGCGUUAUGAUGAUAUAAUAAAAUCGCAAGAGGAUAAAAGAGAGUACAGAGGCCUGGAGCUCUCGAACCGAUUGAAAGUCCUCCUGGUGAGUGACCCCACCACCGAUAAGUCUGCCGCCGCCCUCGACGUCAAUGUCGGUUAUUUGAGCGAUCCGGAGGAAUUGCCAGGCUUGGCUCAUUUUUGCGAGCACAUGCUGUUUUUGGGAACAGAAAAAUAUCCAGAGGAAAACGAAUAUAACAAGUUCCUCUCCGAGCACGGUGGCUCCUCGAACGCGUCUACCUCGUCCGACCACACGACGUACUACUUCGACGUGCUGCCGGACCAUUUGGGGAAAUCUCUUGACAUUUUCGCCCAAUUCUUCAUCGCGCCUCUGUUCACGGAGUCCGCCACGGGUCGCGAGCUGAGCGCGGUCAACUCCGAGCACGAGAAGAACACUUCUUCAGACACGUGGCGGCUCGACCAGCUCAACAAGAGCACGGCGGAUAAAAAACAUCCGUACCACAAGUUUGGCACUGGUAACCGUGAGACGCUAGAAACCACGCCAAAGGCGAAAGGGAUAGAUGUCCGCAAGGAACUCCUCAAGUUUCACGACACCUGGUAUUCUGCCAACAUCAUGACGCUAGCUGUCAUCGGAAAAGAAUCUCUAGACGAGCUCGAAGCUAUGGUGGUACCCUUAUUCUCAGCGGUGGCGGACACCUCAGUGGAAGCCCCGUCGUGGCCGGAGCACCCUUUUCCCCCGGAACUACGCAGAAAACGCGCCUACUGUCUGCCCGUGAAGGAUCUCAGGUCGUUAUCUAUCGACUUCCCUAUACCUGACACUAGGAAGCAUUAUAAGAGCGGGCCAGGCCACUACCUGUCGCACUUGCUCGGGCAUGAGGGACCAGGGAGCUUGCUCGCAGAACUGAAGGCUAGAGGAUGGUGCAACAGUUUGGUGGGCGGGACACGUAUCGGCGCUCGAGGGUUUGGCUUUUUCGGCGUCCAGGUGGAUUUGACUGAGGAAGGAGUUGAGCAUAUUGACGAUAUCGUCGCUUUAGUAUUCCAGUACAUAGCCAUGCUCCGUGAGACCAAGCCGCAGCGCUGGGUGUGGGAGGAGCAACGAGAUCUCAUGGCGAUGGAGUUCCGUUUUAAAGACGCACAGGAACCCAGGUCUUUGGUCACUUCUCAUGUCGGGCUUUUACACGAAUUUCCAAUGGAGGACGUUUUAAGCGCGUAUUAUCUGCUGACAGAAUGGAAGCCGGAACUGGUAGACGAGCUGCUAGCUAUGUUGACGGCCGAGAACGUGCGAGUCGGUAUAGUAGCGAAAGUGUUCGCUGACAAGUGCACGCAGGUGGAGCCCUGGUACAGCACCAAGUAUCUUCAAGAAGACAUUGACCCUAAGAAAAUCAAGGACUGGAACUCGAUGAAACCAAUACCCGCGCUGCACCUGCCGCCCCCGAACGAGUUUAUUCCUGCACGAUUAGAACUGGAGAAGGAAAAGGACCCCACCUGCGAUGCCGUGGCGCCCUCUAUGGUCAGAGACUCUCCUCUGAUGCGACUAUGGUUUAAACAGGACAACGAAUUCCGGCUGCCCAAGGCUUUCCUAACUUUUGAUUUAGUCAGCCCGCUCGCCUACCAAGACCCUACCAACUGCAACCUGACUUCUCUAUGGGUGCUAGUGUUCCGUGACAGCCUACAACAGUUCGCUUAUUCGGCGGAGCUGGCUGGACUACGCUGGAGCAUCGGCAACGCCAAGUAUGGCGUCAGCAUAACAGUAGAUGGUUAUGACGACAAGCAACACGUGUUACUGGAGAAGAUCAUAGAAAACAUCGUCAACUUCAAGGUGGAUCCCCAACGUUUCGCCAUCAUGAAGGAGAACCAUAUUCGCGGCAUUAAGAAUUUUGAGGCUGAACAACCUUAUCAGCACGCAGUAUACCAGCAGGCUCUCUGUUUGUCUGACCUGGUGUGGACGAGGUGUCAACUUCUGGACGCGGCCGAACCUCUAACGCCAGAGAUGCUGGACGAUUUUGCAGCUCGCUUCAUCAGGAAGGUUCACAUCGAGGGCCUCAUGUUUGGCAACCUCACUAGAGAGAAGGCGCUUAGGAUCGCAGACAUGGUCGAGGGGAAAAUACCAAAAGACGCAUCACCUCUUCUAGCCCAACAGCUUCUAUUAUACAGAGAAGUGGAAAUAGAAAAAGGAGCACAUUACCUUCGCGAGAAAGAGAACGCAGUACACAAAUCAUCUUGCGCCUCUCUCUAUUAUGCGUGUGGAGUGCGAGCGACUCGAUCAAAUGUUGUGCUGGAGUUGCUCGCACAAACCCUGUCUGAGCCUUGCUUCAAUGUGUUACGGACUAAGGAGCAACUCGGCUACAUCGUGUUCAGCGGCGUACGGCGCUCCAAUGGAGUCCAAGGCCUCCGCGUUAUUGUCCAGAGCGAUCGGCACCCUGCAUACUUGGAACAGAGAAUAGAAUCCUUCCUUAAGGAACACAAGGAUUACUUAGAAGCCAUGUCAGAGGAAGAAUUCGUGAAGCACCGCUCAGCGCUUGCGGCUCAGCGACUCGAGCGGCCUAAGCGGAUGUCUACUAAGGCCUCGCAAAUAUGGAGCGAGAUCAGCGCACAGGUAUACAACUUCGAUCGGCCACGAGUGGAGGUGGACGUUCUCAACAAAGUUACGAAGGAGGAACUCAUACAGUUCUAUAAGAAACACAUAAGCGAUUCGUCGGAGGACCGACAAAAGUUGUCGGUGUACAUCGUGUCGACGGCGGAGGGCGGCGCCGGCGCCGACGACGGCGAGAAGAGAGACGAGGAGAAAAAAGAAGCCAAGCCCACCGUCAUCUUGGAUCUCGUGGAGUUCAAGUCGAGGAGACGCCUCUACGCGCACCCCGUGCCCUUCACCAACAUUCCGCGUAAAGGAGCGCAAUGCAAGCUCUAACAUCUCCAACAUGGACCACUAAAGACGUCACCGCCAAAGACGUCAACCAUAGUAUAUACAAGUUAUAGACAUGAAACCGAGCGACCAGUGGUAAGAAAAAGCCAUAUUCAUGUAUUGACAGUUUCAUGUAUGGCAGCAUAAUCCUUUUUCUCUUUCACUUAUAAAUUUCGGUAUUUCGCCAUCGCCUCCUUGCUAUGAUGCCAUAACCCGACCACGAAAAAAUGCCCGGUCGGUGAUAAGGACAAAGCAUGGCACUAUUUUCUCUUUCCUCUUAUAGGUAUCGCAAUAAGACUAUCUUUCUCUAUCAAAGAGUGUCAGGCCCUUGACGUCAACUGACGCGCGCGACAGCCCAAUAUCAACCUUCGUGCGUUACGAUAAGGUCCACGAUGAUACGCCGCGCACGAUAGGCGUGGCGUUCAAGGGGUUAACCAUUAGUAUGUGGUCAAAAUCGUGGAUUCAAAGCUUGUGCCAUAGAGAAAUAAGUAUGCUUAGAGUGCUCAAUCCAUACAUAGAUAAAAACUCAUUUAAAAUAAGUUUUAAGCAAGCUUUGAAAAAAUGUAUCACUACACCUUAUAAAACAAAGUCCCCCGCCGCGUCUGUCUGUAUGUUUGCGACAAAGAUAGAUAUAACUCCGUAAUAGAUGGAUACAGUCUAAGGAAGAAACGUGCCUCGAAAAUCAAGAAAAUUUGAUUCUCGUUCAGAGGGCGCUACUAGUUUUGGCCUACAGUCGUAUAGAUGGCGUUGACGGUUUCGUUUGUUAUUUAACAAUUUUAACGCAUAUCAGUGAAAGAACAUGGGUCAAAAUCAUAAAAAUAAUUAAUGCAAAUAAAAAAAUCAUUUAUCUAUAUUUAAAUACAUUCUAUCGUAUUCUUAUAAAUCUUCAUUUUUAGUUUUAAAGUGUGUCGACAGAUGGCAGUGAAUUUACUGGGGUUACAAAAUUUACUAUGACAGUACCGCUCUAGUAUAAGUUACUCUAUGGUUUGCGAUAAACUCAAAAACUACUGAACGGAUUUUCAUGCGGUUUUCACCUAUCAGUAGAGUGCUUUUGCUUUAGGAAGGUUUGUGUAUAAUUUGUAAAGGUUUCGAGUGACCCGUUCAAAGCGGGGCGGGCCGUUCAAAGAUAAAUCUUAUUGCUUAAUAAAUAUCGAGUCUUCAGCGAGUUUUAAUCUUAUUAAUAAUACGUGGAUACCAUACGAAAGUGUUGUAUGGAGCGAACACUAAGGUUACUUAUUUCUUUAUGUUGCUGUUCAAAAAUCGUGGUUCCUUAACUCGGUUCUGCUGUAUGUAGAAAAGAAAAAAUGUCUUAGAGCUGGGACUUUUAUCAUACACAGGCAGGAAGUUAAGAGUGGCUGUUUGACCAUAGAGAAAGAACUAGAUUGACAAGCGCUAACGUUUGAAAAUCCAGUUGCAGCGCUAUCUACUUAAGCUGUCUAAUCCACGGCUUCAAUAUUUACCUCUCACAUAGACUACUUUAAGACGACUGGUCAUCACACAAAGACGCUCCCAAAUGCACUGAGUUAUUUGAAAGCGUGGUUUGAGUAUACACACAUUACAUACUUACACAGUAUUGUAGAAUAUUAUAGAAUGUUUGAGUGAUACGUACAAAAUAUAAAUGCAAUAGUUACUAUUAAAUAUAUUAAUAACGGGUCACUCACGUGUUUUAAGUCGAAAACGCUCGACAUGUUUCACUCCGUACCGAGGAGCGUCAUCAGGAGCUUGCGUCGACGGUGACGGACCGGCGCAGACUGCGGGCCGCAGCCCUCCGCGCCCGAUGACUCGGCGCGGGCGCCGGUGGCGGCAGGGGGGGCGAGAAAACAUGAACAUGUCGAGCGUUUUCGACUUAAAACACGUGAGUGACCCGUUAUUAAUAUAUUUAAUAUGUCUAUGUCUCACGGAAGUUUUGCAAUAGUUACUGUUAGAUAUAGAUGUGCAAUAGUCAAAAAAAUAAUCAAAAUAUUCUAUAUUCAAAUAGGCCUAGCAACAAACACUUUUAAAUUGUCAAGUUUUACAAAAAAUACCUUAAUGUGCUGGUUGCACAAAAAGUGGCAAGUUCUCGGAAAUUUCACAAUAAAUAAAAGAAACUUUCAUUUUGGAAAUGGAUGAAUGACAUUUCGAUCCUCAUACAAAAGUAUGAGAAGUUUCUGAUCUUUUUCCAUGUGGGAAUUUCGCAAAGUUGACGCUUUCCGGUCGGAGAACAGAAAAUAAUAUUAUUAUUAAUUAAUUAUGUUCAAACAUUAAAGGCCAGGCGAUUAUCGUCCUUCGAGAAGAAAUAUCGUGCGUGUAGUUAAUAUAUCUAUAACAAUAUAUGUAUGUGGUGUUCCUUAUACAGUUACCGCAGCCUUUAGCCGCACAGAGGCCUACAAAAAGGUCACCCAUUUCAUUGUAUUUUGAAUCUUAAUUUUUACACAUUAAAGUUGAAUUUGUCUUGGCAAGUUUUAAUUUGUGGGCGGCUAGACGGUAACGAUAUGGAAACCACAUAUAGUUUUUUCGUGUUAUGAUGUUAUGAAUAUUGUGUUCGAAGCUAGAAACGUGAUUUGUGUUAAUGGCCCAAACGUAUCAAAAAGUUACUGGGUAUAAAAUGAAUUUAAAACCUACAUGUAUUUAUAGUGAUGAAAUUGCAUAACUCUUUUACAACAUUUACAAAUAUUUUUUAUUUAUCUCCACAUUGUAUUGUUUUAAAUAUAGUAUUAAUUGCUAGUCAAAUAUAUACUGAAGAUCAUUUGACUCCAAAAAUAUAUAACAUGUAGUAAUGUAUGCGAGUAAUUUUAAAGAUGUACACAUUUUUUUAUUAUGUUAUUUUUUACUCAAAAUCAAAUCAAGUUUCGAUUCUAAUAGAAAAAAGUUUACAAGCUUAUUUUUUUUCCAUUCAGUUACAGUUUUUCAUUAGGCAGCUCCAGAACACGCGGCGCGAAGCCGCGAACGCGAGUGUGGAGCCGAUUUCGCUGAUUAGCGAACUAGACUCCACACUCGCGUUCGCGGCUUCGCGCCGUGAAUCGCGCACGAGUGUGGAGGGCCCUGUAGACUUCGGAAUGGAAUGAACGAGAAAUGUGUGGAAAUGCUGAGACAUUUUUCUCCUAUUACUAUCGAAAGAGCGCGUGGGGCGAUAUAUUCGUUCACUCGAAAAAGCCAUUUAAUAAUAAAAAAAUAAAAAUAAAAUAGAGCGCGUGAUUCUGAGUAGAAAUAACAUAAAUAUUCCCAAAACUAACUAAACUAAAAUAAUAAAUACACAUUAUAACAUGACCCAGGCAUGGUCUUGACCCGUGGAGCGCCGAGCGCCCUACUUGUGAUAGUGUGACAGUAGUUAGUAUUGGAAUUCCACACUACUGUGAUACUGGGGCACUCCACGGGUUAAUAGUUAAUUUCUUGUCCGGGAACUCAGUUACUUAAUACUUACAUAAAUAAAAGACAUUUGUUUUUAAUGUAUUUUCUUUGUUUCUAGCUGGUUGUUUUGUUUUUAUGAGCUGUAUAUUUUUAUUAAAGCUUACUUUUAA